GCGGACCGAACGUCAUUUCGGGCGAACCGACACUUAAAAUAAGCAUACACUGUACGGCACCGCCGCCGCCGCUUUUGAAACGCGCCAAAAAAGCUCGUUGCCGCCGCUAGUGAUCGCCAGUGCGCUUUCGGUGUGCGGUUGUCGCGGACGUCUGCUGCAGCGGCUGCGCGUCUCCUAUAGGCCGUCAUUACUAUCACACACACACACGUACGCACACGUGCGCGCGCACACACUCAAAAACACGCGCCGCGCGCGCGCACUCGUUUCGAGUUUGGGUUGUUGGAUUUUCCACACCCGGCUCUCCACCCCCCCCCCCCGUGUCAAAUUCAAGUUUAAAAUUGUAACGUCUCACCGGUUUUUCGUCGUCGUUUUUUCCCCUCCUCCUGAUCACAUAACAAUAUAAUAUUAUUAUCAUUAUCGGAUACUAAAUAAUAAUAAUAUGUAAGGUCCGUCGUAUAUUAUGUAAAUUUUUUUUCCGUCUUCGGAACCGGCGGUCGGACACGACACACCGUUGUCGAACCGAUAACGCGUCCGGGUGACAAAAAACCAACGACAACUACACCACCUUUAAUAAUAUCGUACCUGGAGACGGAAGCAAUGAUCCGCGAUCGGCUGCACACGACUACGUCCGACUGGUGCGUUGGCCGUUUCUUGCCAACACUGUGACUCCUGCAACUUUGGUCUCCGGAAGAAUCUUUCUGCGACGCACGUGGUGCCUGAUACUAUCUGCAAUAUACUAUAAUACGAUCUAUCUCUAUCUUUCUGAGGUGCACGGCGGAGUCCGAGCAGUGGUGAUCCUAGGGGAGGAAUUGGAGAAACGCAAAAAACUCUAAAAAAAAAACCAAAAAUCUCAAGAAACAUAAAAAAAAUACCUAGCGCAUAACCGGGACCGGUCCGAGGCGCAUAUUCGGUUGUCCGGCGUCGCAUACGACGUCGGCGGCGGCGUCGGAGGUGGUGGCGGCGCGACGGCCACUGCGACGGCGACGGCGGCGACGAUGAGGCGCGCCACCAGCAGCGUUUUCACUUGUAGUCGGCCGGAGAGUAGUGCGUAGCACGCGUCUGCGGCCAUGCAAGCGGGUGGCGUGACGGCGGCGCCCGCGCCGGCACCGCCCAAUGGGUACGGAGCACAGCAGCAACAGCAACAGCAACAGCAACAGCAGCAACAGAUGUUGUUGCAGCAGCACCACCAGCCCCAGUUGUCGAACAACUCGCCGGCGUCGACGGCGGCCACCGGCACGGCCACCACCAACAAGAUACUGAUAAACGGCGGCCGGUUUGACUUCGACGAUGGCGGCACGUACUGUGGUGGCUGGGAGGACGGAAAGGCGCACGGGCACGGCGUGUGCACUGGCCCUAAGGGCCAGGGAGCGUACUCGGGAUCUUGGCACUAUGGUUUCGAGGUGUCCGGCGUCUACAUGUGGCCCAGCGGUAACACUUUCGAGGGCCAAUGGCAGAACGGCAAGAGACACGGGUUGGGCGUCGAGUCCCGGGGGCGGUGGCUGUACAGAGGAGAAUGGACACAAGGUUUCAAGGGCCGGUACGGUGUCAGACAAUCGGCCACGACCAACGCCAAGUACGAGGGGACUUGGGCCAACGGGCUGCAAGACGGCUACGGGUCAGAGACGUACGCCGACGGUGGGACGUUUCAAGGGCAGUGGAUGCGCGGCAUGCGACACGGAUACGGCGUCCGGACCAGUGCUCGGUUCGGGAUGGCAUCUCAUUCCAAGCCAAACAAAUCGGACAUCCGGAAUUCCCUGUCGUCGUUGGGCAGCGACGAUGCGCACAACAAGGCGGGCAGCGCGUCCGAAGACCCGGUAAUUGGUAGCGAGGGUCGCGACAAGAAGCUGGACGACACCCGAGGUGGGUUCGUGUUGAAGGCCAACAGUGACGAGCAGCCGAACAAACACAAGACGCUGGUGUCCAAGUCCACGCACAGUCUCAAGAGGACGUUCAUGUCUGGUUUCAAAAUGCGAAAACAGAGAAGUACCGGCGAGCUGGAGAAGAAAGUGUCGGGGAGCAUCAGGAGCACGGCGUCCUGUACGUCAUGGAUCAGCACUGGAUCGUCUCAGUCCGCGAUGGGAGAGUCCUAUAACACAGACUCCAACGCAAGUUUCAUCGUCGAGGACGAACAUAUGGACGUGAAUACGACGGAAACGUACGUGGGCGAAUGGAAGAACGACAAGAGAUCCGGAUACGGGAUCGCCGAGAGGACGGACGGGCUGAAGUACGAGGGUGAAUGGUUCGCCAACAAGAAAUAUGGUUACGGAGUGACUACGUUCAAGGACGGCACGAAGGAGGAGGGCAAGUACAAGAACAACGUGCUGGUGACGUCCCAGAAGAAAAAACACUAUUUCCUGAUGAGGUCAGCCAAGCUCAAGGAACGGAUCGAGGCCUCAGUAAACGCGGCGCAUAGAGCGUCGAAAAUUGCGUUGCAAAAAGCGGAUAUAGCAAUAUCUAGGAUGGCCACAGCGAGGGGCAAAGCGGAACUGUCUGACAUCGCAGCGGACCACGCUCGAGAGGAUUAUGAAAUUGCAAAACUCACCGCCAAACAGUUUGCACCAGAUUUCAUUCAACCAGGACUGGAAAAGACCAGACUCCGGGAGAUAUUGAAACAGCGUAUGUCAAUCGACCAAAAAACAAUAUUGCAGCCGUUGAUGCCGAUGCCUAAUCCCGUCGGACCGACAUCGUCGUCCGACGCAGGGGAUGCGUCGUCUCUGUCGUUGUCGACCAACAACCUGUUAUACUCAACCACCGGCGGUCAGCAGGAUGCAGCCGAGACUACACCACAAUUCAGACCCAGGUCGCACUAUGCGCAGCCUUAUUACCAGUCGACAGCAACCAGUGCCAGCAACCAUCAUCAGCAGCAGCAGCAGCAGCAGUCCAGCGGCGUUAACUCACAGAGUUCGACGGGCCAAUCGUACCCGCGAAACAGCCUCACGCCGGAAAUGAGACAGAACUCGUCAAGCAACCAUCACCCGGCGCACCAUCACCCGCAGCAGAACCACGGUUACAACCAGAAUAAUGGUGGGUUCUCGGCACCGCCACCGCCGCCGCCGAGCCGCGCCAACAACAACGGCCUCGGCGACCAGUACCCCCGGUAACGCACAGAACAGCAUGUACGGCGCCGGGGCCCGACGGCCGUACGGCCAGAACGGCAGCGGUGGAGGUCCACCGACAGCCCGCCAAAGCGUCGUCGACAGAGCGUCGUUUUCACAGCAACGCAUGUCGUCGUCGUCGCACGCCCCCCUACCCCCGAGCCAACGACGAUGGCAACGGUGCAAGUGGAGGCGCUGGCCCGUCACGUCGUGACAGUAACAGCCGACCAAAUCGUCACAACCAAUACGAAGUAGGCGUCGAUGACGACCCCGAUCCUUCGCUGUUAAAACGAAACACAAAAUACGUCAACAGGGAGUCGCUAUACUCAUUCCAACAGGUAACACAGCAGCCGACUGGAAGCUCAGCCGUAAUCACAUCUGA